AUGUGCUGGCAGGUGCGGGCGAUGGGGUCACUGCGCCAUGAGCACGUGGUGUGCCUGCUGGGCUUCUGCCUGCACCACAGUGUGGAGAGCGGCCACCAGGAGCAGAUCCUCGUGUAUGAGUUUGUGCCCCACGGGGACCUCAAGUACCACAUCCACCACUCCAAGACGCUGCUGUCCCUGCAGCAGCGGCUGCAGCUGGUGGUGGGGGCAGCGGAGGGAGUGGCGUAUCUGCACAGCUUUGAGACGCCCAUCGUGCACCGCAACCUCAAGCCCAGCAGCAUCCUCGUGGGGGAGCACAACCACGCCAAGAUUGCCGACUUUGGGCUGCUCAAGCUGCUCAGCCAUGCCGACGGCGCCGACGACCACACGCGAGUGGCGCGAACUCCGGGCUACUUGGACCCCGAUUACAAUCGCACCCAAAUCGUCUAUGAGAAGAGUGACGUCUACAGCUUUGGCGUCGUGCUGCUGGAAUUGUUGACCAGGCAGAGGGCAGCCGUGGAGGGCACAAACAUUCAUAUCAGUGACUGGGUGGGUGCGGCGCAGAAGCUUCGGGCAUACGAGGUGGGGGAGCUGAAGGAUGCGAGUCUGGAUGCACCGGACGAGGCGGUGGUGGCGCUGGCAGACAUCACCCUCGACUGCCUCAGGAUGCCCGCCUCUCGCCGCCCACCCAUGAAGGACGUCGCCAGCCGCCUGCAACACCUCCUCUCCUUCUACUGCAGUGACAACGACCACUCCUCCCUUGCUGUACCCAGCCUGCGCAUGGAGGGAAUGCCCUCGCAUGGCAGGAACAUCCGUUCGGACACAUUUGGAACAAGCGAGCGACCAGAGGCAGCAAGUGGAACGUGUGCUUCUAGGAGCCCCACUCAUUCGUUGUCGGAGACGUGGAGGAUGAUUGAGUAG